AUGCCGUACUUUGCCACCAUCCCAGCCAUUGUCAUCUCACUGCUAGUGGUUAGGCAUCUGCUGGGUCGCAUUUCGAUGUUAGCUCGUCCUAAAUGGAUGAAGCCGUUUGUUUUGGAGCAGCCUCUGUGCCCUGAAUUGCCGGUAGAGCAGACCAAACAGCGGAUGGGCUGGGUGAUCAUCCUCUUUGCCAUCACCAUCGUGGGCGUUGCGGCAGAGGUGGUUAAGCUGGUGUUAACAGGCGCCGCCUUAGCAGCCUGUGGGGUCAUUCUGAUAAUGCCUCUACGAGGACCCUCGCUUGCAUGUUUGGAUAUUGGCGUCGUGGGCCAUACACCAUCAAGCGACUACAGAAGCCCGGAAGACAACCUUCGUUUGUGGCAAUUCCUAACGGUAUCAUGGAUGUCGCCUCUGAUGUCACUGGGCAAGAAGAGACAACUGCACGAAGAAGACGUUUGGUCCCUCGGGUUCGAGUUCCAGCAUCGGCGACUGCACGAUCACUUUCGGGUCCUGCGAGGGUCUGUUAUCAGUCGGUUACUCCAGGCAAAUGGGCUCGAUGUUUUGAUUACUGCUUCAAUUGCAAUCGUGCAGAUGCUUUGCGGGUUUUCAACGCCCGUGCUGUUACAGCAACUCUUGAAGUCGAUGGAAAAUACGGCUUUACCGAAACGCAUCGCCCUGACAUAUGCUGUGCUGUGGAUGGUGAUCCGCUUGGUAGCAGCGCAGGCCCAGGUCCUCUUCCUGUGGUAUUCAAGACGAUGCUAUGAAAGGAGUAGGGGGGAGAUGGUCAUGAUGAUUUAUGAAAAGGCGUUAUCUAGAAAGAAUGUCUUUGACCAACAGACCUUGGAGAAGGGAGAGGGAGAGGAAGAUCCUGACCAAGAGGCUCAAGCUUCCGACGAGGAACAGCCCAUCGACCAAAAGAGAAAGAUAUGUGGGAUCUUUCCCGUACGGCAAAAGCAGGAAAAGAAGAAGCCAAAGACAGCCGCAUCCAUGGGUAAAAUUUUCAACUUGCUUCGUGGGGACGCUUACGAAGUGGCACAACGGUUCUGGGAAGUGGAUAGUCUAGUCGACAAGCCACUGGGGCUCGUUAUAGCCACCGUACUUGUUUGGAAGUUGCUCGGACCAUCUUGCUUUCUUGGGAUUCUUGCGAUCCUAGUAGCCCAGGUCCUGAAUGCAAUCAUCACACGAACGUUGCUCCGAUGGGAACGCGUCCGAAGACUAGCGACUGAUAACAGACUCCAGAUAUCCUCGCAAUUCAUCGAAGCGCUGCGACACCUUCGUUGGUAUGGGUGGCAAAAUCACUGGCUUCGGCAAGUAAUGGAAGCCCGGCAGACUGAGUUGAACUUGCGUAUUAUGACCAGCUUGUGGGGUGUGUUGAUUCGGUUCGUCAACGCAUUUGCGAGCGGUCUCUUCCCCGUUCUGGCUUUAUACGCAUACACGCUACUGGCCGGGAAUCCACUGCGAAUCGAUAUUAUCUUCCCCGCCCUGCAAUUGUUCACCAUGCUGGAAACACGUCUCAGGGACAUUCCAGGAUUAAUUACCGUUCUCAUCAACGCGUCUAUUGCCAUGGAAAGAAUUGAAGAUUUUAUGGCAGAGCCGGACAAAGAAACAACAGCACCUGCGGUGAAUCAGCGAGCCCCGCUUACAUUGGAUUCAUGCUCAUUUGCAUGGCCUGGCACGUCCUAUCCUGUCCUCUCUGAUAUCAGCCUACAGAUAUCAGAAGGCCUCACAGUCAUAUGUGGAAAGGUGGGCGUUGGGAAAACGGCUCUGCUACAGGCAUUAUUAGGCGAGCUGGACAGACUCGCUGGGUUCUCGGAUAUACCAAAUGAGAUGAUAGGAUACUGUGCCCAGACCCCGUGGCUACAAAGCAUGAGCAUCCGCGACAACAUUCUAUUCUCUGCUGCGUAUGACGAGCAGCGCUACAAAAGUGUCCUGGAAGCCUGUGCUCUGCUCCCGGAUCUGGCAAAUUUCAAACACGGUGACCUGUCGUUUGUUGGGGAGAAUGGGAUUGGUCUCUCGGGUGGUCAGAAGGCGCGCGUGGCUCUGGCGAGAGCCGUCUACAGUAGCGCGAGGAUUCUGCUCUUCGACGAUCCCUUGUCUGCGUUGGACCAUAAUACUGCAGAGGACGUUGUUCGCAAAUGCUUGUCUGGGCCGUUGAUGAGAGGUCGGAUCGUUGUGCUUGUGACACAUCGUACCCAUCUUGUUGGGCAUGUUGCUGAUCAGAUCAUCCAUAUCCGGGACGGUCGAGCUACUAUAGAGCAGCGACAGGCCCACGUUUUCGAAGCUGAAGAUUCCACGGGAUCCUCACAGAGCGGAGUCGUGGACGUCGCGCCUGAGGCCGAGACCGAGUCUCAGGAUGGCGCUGCCGUGCCAGAAAAGUUCAUUGAGGAAGAAACCCGAGCUGAAUGGGGCGUUCAAGCCAAGGUGUACUGGACCUACAUAAAAGCCGGAAAGUACAAAUGGUGGAUCAGCCUUGUUAUCAUUCUCACGAUAUACCGUCUGGCGUCAAUCGGCCAGUCGUGGUUCCUGAAGGAGUGGGGAGAAGCUUACAAUGAGCUUCUCUUGCUCGUGGGAUCCCUCACCUCCAAAGGAAAGGCACUGGCAACCAACUGGAUAAGCCUAUCGAUCUUACCGGCAGGAUUUAGUUGGCAUCCGUCCAACCCCAUGGACGGCUUCCCUCCGCCGAUGGAGAAUGUCAAGCCAUGGCUGUGGGCGUUCUUUGCUAUCACCACCUUCCAAUCCUUCAUGCUGCUCAUCGGACAGCUCAUGAUGCUCAUUAUCGUAUACUGCGCUGGAAAGUCCCUUUUUCAGCAGGUGAUGGUGCAAGUCAGCCACGCGACAUUCCGGUUCUUCGAUACGACGCCAAUUGGGCGUCUCAUGAAUCGUUUGACGUCUGAUAUCGGGGUAGUCGACGGAAAUAUCAGCCAGCAGUUCCAGGUCAUCGCCUUCCAGGCGAUCACAUGGAUAUCCUCAAUUGCUGUGAUUGCAUCAGUCACACCUUACUUCCUGGCAUUUUCUCUCCUUUUGACAGCCGCGUUCAUUUUAACCUUCCUCCGCUUCCUGCCUACAUCACAGAGCCUACGUCGACUGGAAAUGGUCUCGCUCAGCCCCCUGAUCUCCAACUUUGGCGAGCUUCUCCACGGCCUGACAAGCGUGCGCGCAUUCCACGCAGAAGAGCGAUUCCAGAACCGCGUGAUUGCCGUGGUCGACAAGUUCCAAGGCAUGGACCACUUCUACUGGUCGCUCCAAAGCUGGCUAAUGUACCGCUUCGAAAGCCUCUCAGCGCUUUCCACUUUCUGCCUGACCGUUCUCGCACUGUACACGAGGGUAUCACCCGGCCUCGCAGCCUUCGUCCUAAUCGCAGCCAGCAACUUCGUCGAAGCGACCCACGGCCUCUGCAAAGAGUACGGCCAACUGCAGAUGGACUUUGUGUCCGUCGAACGAGUCGACGAGCUCCUUCACGUCGAGCAGGAAGACCCCGGCACCAUCGACCCCCCGGCAUCGUGGCCCAAAUUCGGCCGCGACAUCGUCUUCGAAAACGCUACGAUCCGCUACGCGCCGCACCUCGACCCCUCCCUCACCGACAUCAACAUCCGCAUCCCCGGGGGUUCAACAACCGCCGUGAUCGGACGCACAGGAAGCGGGAAAUCAACACUUGCAGUCUCCCUCCUCAGCGUCAUCCGCCCAGAGUCUGGACGAAUCCUCAUAGACGGGCUCGACAUCAGCCAGGUAGACACUGAAGCCCUCCGCAAACGGGUGACGUUCGUCGCGCAAGACCCUGUCCUCUUCCCGGGCAGCAUCAGACUGAACCUGGACCCGACGGGCGAGUUCUCCGACGCAGAGUGCGCAGACGUUCUGGGCCGCAUCUGUGGUCGACACGGGUGGACACUUGAGACGCACGUCGCCGCUGGAGGCCGCAAUCUCAGCCAGGGCGAACGGCAGCUGAUUGGUCUGGCGCGGGCUGUCUUGCGACGUAGCUCGAUUGUAAUCCUAGAUGAAGCGACGGCGUCGAUUGACCAUGAGAGCUCGCUGGAGAUCCAGCAGGUGCUGCGCGAGGAAAUGCGAGAGUCGACGGUUAUUACGAUUGCGCAUCGGCUGGAGGCGAUCAAGGAUGCGGAUUAUUAUGUGGUGUUGGAUGGGGGGAGGGUUGCGCGGCAGGGUUUUGUUGGUGAUAUGACUGAGUGA